AAGGCUUUUCUUAACCCAAACGCUCCUUGCGUCGUGUUUACCACCCUGAGACCGUGACAAAAUAUUGGCGAGCCUGCCAGGAUUUAUUUCCUGAAUACUCGGUCUCACACGUCGCAGGAACAUGGAUUAUGAGAAGCUGUUGGGGGUAGCCAAUUCUCUGGGACUUAGCCGCGAAGAAUCGCUUAGCCUUUUUGAUAGAGCACAAAAAGAAGCUCGAGAAGCACGCGAAGCGGAAAAAGAAAUUUUGUUGUUGAAUUGCGUUUGGCCGAUGUGUCUAUCGGAAGAGAUGACGCGGACAGAUCGUCGGUUUCUUCGGAAAUGGAGCCGCAAAGAACAAAGACAAUUUGUCCACGAAAGUUAAUGGCUCCAUUUGACGAUAAGCGAGAUGACCUUGAUGCUUAUCUACAUCGUUUUGAAAGGAUUGCUUUAGGACAAGGCUGGGAGCGAUCUGAGUGGGCGACAGCACUUAGUUUGUGUUUAGUUGGCGAAGCGUUGAACGUGUUCGGAAGAAUGCCAGCAUCUGAGUCAAUGGACUACGACAAAGUCAAGAAAGCAUUAUUGCAGAGAUUCAGGCUAACUGCAGAAGGAUUCCGUGAGAAAUUCCGGAAUAGUAAACCAGAGCAAUCAGAGACUGGUAAGCAGUUUGCUUGCCGUUUAACAAAUUAUUUUGAUAGAUGGAUGGAAAUGGCAAACACAGAGAAGACGUACGAAGGAGUCAGGGAGCGUAUCGUGAUUGAGCAGUUCUUGACUUGUUGUAGCCCAAAACUCAAUGUUUUUCUUAAAGAGCGUUCAUUGAAACGUCUAGAUGAUUUCGCUGAAUCUGCUGACCAAUUUCUGGAAGCGCAAGGCUUGAGGAAUUUAGGUAAAAACGAAGAAGAAACUCGUAAAAGAGACGAUGAUGUAACCCAAGUUAGGCAAGGUGCGGUACCUAAGGUACUUAGAUGCUUCCUGUGCAACCGCGUCGGUCAUCGGGCAGUCGAUUGUCGUGUAGGAGGGAACCGACCACAGGCGCAUAUCAUUUGUCAGCACUGCAAGAGACGAGGUCAUCACACAGAAGACUGCAGACUACAGAACCGAGAAAAGGCAGCAGGAGUGGUUUCGUUAAAUGGUGGAAAGGCAGCAUCAUCGCAAGAAUCGACCAAGGAUACCCAGGAUACGUCGAAAACCAUGCUCCCGGACAACCAGGACGCGUUCGAGAAGAAGAGAAUAUCAUUGGGUCUUCCUGUAGUUGAUGGAGAGAUCAACGGAAUACGAGUCUCAGUUCUUCGAGAUAGUGGGACCAACACGGCCUUGGUGAGACGGAGUUUGAUUGGAGAGCAACAACUAACAGGAAAAACAGCGGCGGUUAUCAUGGUCGACAGCACGUUGCAUGGCAAUGCAUUCGGGCCAAUUUGGGAAAAGGCAGGUCAGCGAGCAGACUAG